ACAAACACAGUCUAGGAUUUGAGUGUGAUCCGCUUGGUUUCUUCUGCCUCUGUCCUCCUUUUCUGCUUAAAUAGAGAACAGCACCAAAGAUACAGGGAGAGAUCAGAGAGAGAGAGAGAGGCUCACUUAUAAGCUCAUAGUUCCUCAUAUAUCUUUUGUCAUAAGAAGGCUGAGAAACUGAGAGAAUUAAUGGAUAUGUCACCUUCUCAAUGGAGUAGUGGGUGUGAAUCUGGCUGGACUCGGUACUUGGACCAAUCCUCUCUUUCAGAAAAUCAAUUCAGCAGAGUUGGUGAAACUCAUGAAUAUGGAGGAAAAGAAGCAAGAGUGGAGGAGAAAGCAGAGGACUUAUCGUUGGUCUCUGAUGCUUCUUCUGGGCCUUCACAUUACCACGAAGAUGACGAGGAGUGCUUUCAUGACAAUGGGUGUCAUUUUUAUUCUUCUUCGCGCUCCGAGGUUGCCGGCAAAAGCAAAAAGAAAAAGAAGGCCAAAGAACAUGGCAGAAACCGACGGCAUUCAGAUCUUGAUGACACUGCUAGCUACCCUGCAUUGAGCUUUCCCCGGCAGGCGGAUACAACUCUGUAUAGGAAUCAAGAUUCAAUGGAGAAUUUAUUGAAUUUUUCUCAGGGUUUCUCUGCUACACAUUUUGAGGGAAAACCUGCAUUCCAGAAGCAUUUUAGCUUCUUUGAAUCCUCCUAUGCUGAAAAGCCAGCUUCAGAAGAAGCAGGUGGUUUUCAUGGAAGAAAUUGGAAAUGACAUCUUUAGUCUCUACUGCAGCAGUUGUUGCACAGAGACAGAGAGACAGAGAUUAGAUGGCUGUAAAAGAUAGCGUGAGAUCUCAAGAGGAUAUUGUUCAUCCUUUUUAUUUUCUUCUUCUUUUUUCUGUUUUUUUUUUUUUUUUUAAUUCUACUCCACCUUUUUAUCUUUUAUUGUCAAUGCAGUGGGGAACAACCUGAGAACAUUAAAAAAAAUAUAAAAAAAUAAAAAAUAAAUCAUUUCUUCAAUUCCUUUUGACAUCAAUAGACAAUAGUUGUCACAUAUAAAACCUGCGGGUCUUCUUCAGGUCCUGCCAUGCACAAUUCGAGACACAGAUUUUCAACAAUGUUGUUGUUUGGAUGGCUAAUAAUUUGUAUAGUAAAUGUGAAAGAGUU